CCUCUUUAAAAUCCUUUGCUGCCAAUAUUUAAAAUUUAAUGCAAGACCUUUACAUGUAAUAGAGCUUUUUUUUUUUUAUUGUUGCCUUUACUUAAAAUAUCUCAGCACUUCUUCCAUCAGUUAUUUCAUCUAGGGGAAUCGUGCAUGUUUAAAAGUAGAAGGUCCCAUCACCCCUCAGCUGUGUGCCACGUUUUUUCUCCACCUGUAGCAGAGUGCUAUUCCCACUUAAAUAAAAGAAUAACUUUCAUUGGGAUGUAAAAAGUUCCAGCCCCCCAGUUUUGGCAAGCUCCAAUUAAAAGCAUCACAUUCUGCCCUGAAGUGGUCCGACCCCUUUUUUCACACAGCCUUGGAGCAAAUAAAUUGUUGUUGGGUUUUUUUUACAUAAAGUGAGCUGAGCCUGGGAGGGCAGAAGGUACCGUCGCUCUUCCACAUACAGAACAGAAAACAUCCACGGGCCCAAAAGUUGUGUUCUCUUUAGUUUUACUUUGAGCUUUUUUUUCUUCUGAGAAGCCUUUUCAAGAGUUCCCUUGGAAGUUGUUUUUUUUUUGUCCCUACAUUGAACUGCGAUGUCUCUGAGAGGGGAAGUGUGUGUGGUGACGGGAGCCGGUGGAUUCCUGGGAAAGAGGCUGGUGAGGCUGCUGCUGGAGGAAGAGGAAAUGGCUGAGAUUCGACUGCUGGACAAACAAAUCCAGCCACAACUUCUAGACUCUCUGGAGGACUGUAGAGGCAACACAAAGUUGAGUGUGUUGGAGGGGGACAUCAGAGACGGGGAUUUCCUGAGAAAAAGCUGCCGAGGUGCAUCAAUCGUCUUCCACAUUGCAUCCAUCAUUGACGUUCAUGGCUCAGUGGAGGACAGUGAGCUAUACAGUGUCAAUGUCAAAGGAACGCAGCUGCUCCUGGAGGCUUGUAUUCAAGAGAACGUGGUGUCCUUCAUCUACACCAGUACCAUCGAGGUGAUGGGACCAAACUCUAACGGUGAACCCAUAAUCAACGGCAGCGAGGACACAGUUUAUAACUGCUCUCUGAAGUUUGCCUACAGCAAGACCAAGAAGGAGGCUGAGCAGAGAACCCUGCAGGCCCACAGCGAGGUGCUCAAUAACGGAGGCCGGCUGGCAACCUGCGCCCUCAGACCUAUGUACAUCUACGGGGAGGGCUGCCGCUUCCUGCUGGGCCACAUGGGCGACGGGAUACGAAACAAGGGCAUUUUGUUUCGUAUGUGUCAACCGGAGGCCCGAGUGAAUCCUGUGUAUGUCGGCAACGUGGCUAUAGCCCACCUCCAAGCAGCCCGCAGCCUCAAGGAUCCACAAAAAAGAAACGCUAUCGGAGGAAAGUUUUACCUAAUUUCUGAUGACACGCCACUUCUAAGUUAUUCGGACUUCAGCCACGUCCUGAUGUCCCCUCUGGGCUUCAGCAUUCAAGAGAAGCUCAUGUACCCGCUCCGCCUCCUCUACAUGGUCUGCUUCUUAAUGGAGAUGCUGUGCAUGAUGGUGCGACCUUUCGUACGCAUCGUCCCGCCCCUGAACCGGCAGCUCGUCACCAUGUUGAACACGCCGUUCAGCUUCUCGUAUGAGAAGGCUAAGAGGGAUCUGGGAUACGUCCCCAGAUACACCUGGGAGGAAGCACGCAAACGCACCAUUGAAUGGCUCGCGUCCGAGCUGCCAAAGGAGAGGGAAAGACUAAUUGCUAAAUAAUUCAUAAAGUUGUUAGUUCUAAGAAGUGUUUGAAUUACACCAUCUUCCUACAGCGACUGUAAAAACAAGAGUUAAGUGAAAGGAAUGGCAGCACACAUUCCAAAACAAGGUGAUCAUCACUGUUGCCUCAUUAUUCUGAUCAUUUUAGUAAAGAGUUUAGUUUGUAUUAUUUUUUGACUGAUAUUUCCAGCAGGAGUCGCCAAAGAUUCCUUCACAUAUGGGGUUUAAUUGUAGGCUACAUAAGCUCCACUUUGUAAGUGUGUUUUUUUUAAUGUUGGCUUUUUAGAUAACUGCCUCAACCUCAGGAGAGAUGAUGUAAGGUAGACAGUACAGUAAACAGUGUUAACUUAACCCUAUGAGGGAGAGGAGGGUUGGACUCACAACACACUAAAAGUUUAAAUACAAAAGUCUAGGUCUUGUAGCUUUGAUUCAUGUCAAUAUCACCUGAUGUUCCUGGACUGUCCUUGCAAUAUUUUCCUACUAUUAAAGUUUAUGGUGAGAAAAAAAACCUUA